AUGUCAGAACCACGAAUCAAAAUGCCGAAUAUUCGAGAAAUAGAACAGUUUAAUAUCGAUGAAUUUGCAACUAUUUCAAAGGGGAAUAAAUACUUGAACGCUUUUUUUGUAUACAGGAAAGAAUAUACGAAACGGUCCAUAGCAAGUGGAAAAAAAAUGAGAAUGACGCAAAUUUCAAAAUUAGCGUCUCAAGCAUGGAAGAACGAAAAACCAGAUAUUAAAAAUGCGUAUGCAGAAGUUUCAAAAAGAAUCGAGAAAAGAAGACAAAAAGAAAGAACUUACCAGAUUAUCUUUGAUGUAAACGUGGCGAAAGUCCAACUGGAAAACCCAAAUUCUCCUAUAUUCGAUCAACUUGAUUAUCCUUCAAAUUCGGAUACUCCUCAGUAUGAAGAAUCUUUGAUCGAUGCAAAUAUCUUCUGUGAAUCUUUAACUGUCGAUCAACUAAUCGAAUACUACUACUACUAUUUUAAUUUUCCAUUUAUGUUGUAA